UCGGUGCGGUGAUGAUGGUGUCCCCGUUUAUGUAGCAGCAGGAAGAGGAUGUUUGCUUCCAUUGAAAGAAUAAUAUCACCUGCUUGUACAUAUUUGUAACGUAGUGAACUGCUGUAGAGUUUUUCUGCGGACCCGGUGAAGAUUUAGACAGCUCACUCCCUCUCCCGGAGGCGGCCCGAAAACAUGUCCCUGUUCCAGUCGGCACUAGAUUUCUUAGCCGGGCCCGGCUCCUCCGGAGCGGCCAGUCGGGACCAAAAUGAUUUCGUCGGACAAGUCGUUGAACUCGGUGACAUGAAGCUGAGAAUCAGGAGGGUGAUCGCGGAAGGUGGAUUUGCUUUUGUAUAUGAAGCCCAGGACAUGAGCAGUGGUAAAGACUACGCCCUCAAGAGACUGCUGUCUAAUGAAGAAGAGAAGAACAAAGAAAUCAUACAAGAAGUCUGCUUCAUGAAAAAGCUGUCCGGUCAUCCAAAUACGGUUCAGUUCUGCUCUGCAGCCUCCAUCAGUAAAGAGGAGUCGGACACCGGGCAGGCUGAGUUUCUGAUCCUCACUGAGCUGUGUAAAGGUCAGCUGGUGGACUUUAUUAAGAGGGUAGAGCAGAAGGCUCCUCUAUCAUGUGACACUGUGCUAAAAAUCUUCUACCAGGCGUGCCGCGCUGUUCAGCAUAUGCACAAACAGAAGCCUCCCGUGAUACACAGAGACCUCAAGAUUGAGAACCUCUUGAUUAGUAACCAGGGCACCAUCAAGCUGUGUGACUUUGGCAGCGCCACCACAGUGUCACAUUAUCCAGACUACAGCUGGUCAGCACAGAAGAGGUCAAUGGUGGAGGAUGAGAUAACAAGGAACACCACUCCUGCGUACCGAACGCCAGAGAUGAUCGAUCUCUACUCCAACUUUCCCAUCAAUGAGAAGCAAGACAUCUGGGCUCUGGGAUGCAUCCUCUACCUGUUGUGUUUUAAACAGCAUCCAUUUGAGGAUGGAGCCAAGCUACAAAUUGUCAAUGGGAAGUACUCCAUGCCUCAGAACGACGUGAAAUACACUGUGUAUCACGACCUCAUACGUUCCAUGUUGAAGGUGAACCCAGAGGAGCGUCUGUCUAUUACAGAGUUGGUCAACCAGCUCCAGGAGAUAGCAGCAGCACGCAACGUCAACCCCAAGUCCCCCAUUACUGAGCUGCUGGAGCAGAACGGAGGUUUUGGCAACAAUGGAGCACAGCCAUCAAUGCAGAUCCACAACAGCCACAACAAUGCAGGUGUAUAUGACCCCGAUCAGUCUGGCAGUGGCCUGUUUGAUAUCUUGAAGGGAGGAACAGAACGCUUCCUGACAAACAUAAAGGAUACUUCCUCCAAGGUCAUCCAGUCAGUAGCUAGCAACCCAAGCUAUGCUAAAGGGGACCUGGAUAUUUCUUACAUCACCUCCAGAAUUGCAGUCAUGUCUUUCCCAGCAGAAGGGGUGGAGUCUGCGAUAAAGAACAACAUUGAGGAUGUCCGUCUGUUCCUCGAUUCACGUCACGCUGGCCACUACGCUGUGUACAACCUCUCCAAACGAUCAUACAGGCCUUCUCGAUUCCACAACAGGGUUUCAGAGUGUAAUUGGCAGCUGCGCCGUGCCCCUAACCUCCGCAGUCUCUACAGCGUAUGUAAGAACAUGCAUCUAUGGCUCAAACAGGACCAGAGGAACAUCUGUGUGGUACACUGUCUGGAUGGCAGAGCAGCAUCAGCAGUGGCAGUUUGCUCCUUCCUGUGUUUUUGCCGCCUUUUCACCACCGCUGAGGCAGCAGUCUACAUGUUCUCAAUGAAACGCUGUCCACCAGGCAUAGCACCUUCACACAAGAGGUAUAUAGAGUAUAUGUGUGACAUGAUGGCAGAGGAGCCCAUCAUCCCUCACAGCAAGCCUGUAGUUAUUCGCUCCAUCAUCAUGACACCAGUGCCACUGUUCAACAAGCAGCGUAAUGGGUGCCGGCCAUUCUGCGAAGUCUACGUUGGGGACGAGAGGGUGCUCACCACAUCACAGGAGUAUGACAGGAUGCAGGAUUUUAAGAUGGAAGAUGGGAAAGCGGAGAUUCCUCUCAAUGUUACCGUUCAAGGAGACGUGCUGGUGGUGAUCUAUCAUGCAAGAUCUACGCUGGGAGGACGUCUGCAGGCAAAGAUGGCGUCCAUGAAAAUGUUCCAGAUCCAGUUCCACACAGGCUUUGUACCAAGAAAUGCAACGACUGUCAAGUUUGCCAAGUAUGAUUUGGAUGCCUGUGACAUCCAGGAGAAGUACCCAGACUUGUUCCAGGUCAACUUGGACAUUGAGGUUGAACCCAGGGAGAGGCCCAGCACCAAGACUCCUCCAUGGGAGGGCUUUCAAACCAAAGGCCUCAACCCCAAGAUCCUUUUCUCCUCUCGUGAUGAGCAGCAAGAGAUCCUCAGCAAAUUUGGUAAGCCCGAGUUGCCUCGUCAGCCAGGUUCUUCUGCGUUUUAUGACUCAGAGUCGGCCCAGCCAGCUCAAACCCCAGACAGCUCCAAUGCAACAGAACCAGAGUCUCCGAUGAGCAAUGAUACUAAUUCCAGCAACUUUUUCCAGACCCUAGACUGGGAAGAUGUACGUAGCGCUCAGGAUGCCUCAGACAGUCAAGAAGGAGGAUAUAUGAAUGAACAGGAGGAUCUGAGUGAUCAGUCAGAAGGAGAGUCCUAUUCUUACUCUGCCACCAGUGGAGAGCCAAUGUCACGUGACCACAGCGAGCCGCUGUUUGAUUCUGACUUUCAGACGGCUUCUCCUGCAACACAGGAGGCUCCUCCUGAAGACACAGCUGACCUCUUGGGGUUGAACUCUGACCCUCAACCUCCAACCAUGUCCUCAACUUCGUCCUCUGCUCCACAACACGGAGACCAGGGAGGAAUGAAAGGUGCUUCUAGCAACAGCGACCUCCUUAAUGACUUAUUUGCACCUCCUGCUGGUCAGACUGGAGCAGUGCAGGAAGACUUGUUCUUCAGUGGGCCAGCCAGUGGAGCCACACCAGACCAAAAACCCAUGGGGGAUCUUUUUGAUCCGUUUGGGAUGGGGUCGGGUUCUGGUGUUGGCUCCAGCGUUGGUUCAUCUCGACAAGCCUCUGGACCAGACCUGUUUGGAGACUUGUUGGGUUCUGAUAGUUCAGCAACCAGUGGAUUUGGUUCAGCUCACAGUAACGCCACUCCUGCUUCCAACACCAGCCUCUUCAACCUCAAUAAGCUUGUAAAUGAUACCCCUAAAAUGACAUCAUCAGCCAGCCAACCAGACCUGCUGGGUGGGUGGGACAGCUGGGCAAAAGGAACCACUGCUGGCAUGAGCACCACUGCCAGUAAACCAAGUUAUACCAACACAGCUUCUGGUAUGCCAUCCAUGUCAAAGGCCAAGUCUCAGACCUUUGAUCCUUUUGCUGACCUAGGAAACCUGAGCUCCAACUUGCCAGGUAGGAGCUCAGGUUCCUCCAGCAGUAAUUUUUCUGGGCCAUCCUUCGGCACAAAGGGUCCUUCUUCCUCUUCUUCCUCUGCUAAGCCUCAAACUCAGCCAUGGCAGUCUGCAAGACCCACCUCAGCCCAGAACAAACCUUGGAUAUCUGGAUCUGGCCCCAAAGGGUCUUCAGCUUCUCAGCCUGCAGGAACACAGUCCUCUAAACCCAACUACAACCUUAACUUCUCCAGUGUGAUCGGUGGGAGAGAAGAGAGAGGAGUUCGUGGGCCUGGAUUUGGGCCCAAGCCAAAGGUAAAGGAGGAUGAUUUCGGGGAUCUGCUCUCAACUCAGGGUUUUGCUUCUAAACCUGACAAGAAGGGACCAAGGACCAUUGCUGAAAUGAGGAGACAGGAGAUCACAAAAGACAUGGAUCCUCUCAAAUUACAGAUGAUCUUUAUGGAACUGAACGACGCCUGGUCAGAGUUUGAGAACCAGGGAUCCAAAGCACUCUUCUAAAAUCCUGGCCUGGAUUCCAGCUAGACCAGACCAGACCGGACCAGGCCGGACUGGAUUUGGCCUAACAAAACAGGAGACUGGGCCAGAUUGGACAGGACUGAGCCCACAUUGGGCCUUAGGGGCAAAAAGCCUCUGAGAGGUGUCCUCUCUUCCAUUCCCUCCCCCCUCCUUUACUUUCUUCUGUUUCUUCGAUCAAAAAAAAAAAAAAAGACCUUUUGCCUCAUGUCUGGCUGUAAUGAAAGUUUCCUUGCUGGUCUAUAAACAGCCAGUUAAAUAAACAUUGUGAUCGGUCUUAAACUCACUGCCUACCUGCAUGACUGCCUGAGUGGUGCUGCAAACAUCAGGAGGAAGGAUUAAACAACAAUCACUGAGAAGACAAAGUGGGAACAAAAUCAGAUAAUACAAGGACUUCUAAAAUUAUCAAGAUGACUAUCAUGAUAGUGAUAUUCAGAUAAAACACCCCAACACUAAUACAUUAGCUGUAGCUGAAUAGUUAAUUCAUUUGUGCUCGACACUUGUGCAAACAACCGGUCCUUAACUGAGUGGCAAACCUAAACUGAGCGUGGCUGUAAAAUAGCUAGCAUGUCAGCCAACAUGAACGUUUGCAGAAUGUUGUCCUGAAAAAUCAGUUUUUAUGUUUAGUUGCCUCAAAAGAGCCAAUGCUGCUGCUGAAUCAUACUUGCUGUAGCAGGGAUUGGAUUUUUUUUUAAAAAGAUCCUGCAGUAAUGCAGAAGUAGGAUUUAAAUCUCCCCAGGAUUUUUAAACAUAAGAUCUAUUGAAAAUGACCUGUAUUACCUGUACUGCUGCACCUUCAGGGGUGAAGGCUUCUUUGGGGUUUGUUCUCCAGACAAUUGCCUGCUGAACACUACUAGUGCUGCUUGUACCAUGCUAAUUUAUUUUGCUGCACACACUCCUGAGAUUGAUGUUAAAUCAUGCUAUAAACUCAAGUGGGCAGUCUGUUGUUUUUGAAGUGCUCUUUUAAUCCCUCCCACUCAAGCUACACCAUGUAGCUAACUGCAUGCUCUCCUACACCAGACCUCUAAACAACUUGAGGUAGUAUGUUUGAUUUUUUUUUAAACCAGGGUAGUCCACAUGGGCAGCAGCUUUUCUUCUUUUUCUUUUUUUUUUUUUUUUGGAUGAAGUGCUCUUUUUCUUGUAGCAGAAAUGGAGAAGGGAUCUCCAUCGUAACUGUCAUUAAGCCCUCUCUGUCUCUUUAAACUUCGCCCACCUCCAGCAUUUAGUUUUGUUUUUUGCAAGAGGAGUAACUGAAGGAUCGAAAAAGAGAAAAUGGUGAUUUAACCUAGUUGCUCUGUGUUUUCUGUUUUCUUGUUUUUUUGGGGGU